UUAUUUUUUUUAAAAUUCCUUUUUUUGGGAAUACUACAAUAUCUAGUAUUUUUUCACAGAAAUAAACUUGUAUAUAUAUUUUAUAACUUUAUUUCGGUCUAAAGGUAUUUAACUCUUCGGUUCUCAAGACCUGAUAUACAUUUCACGUAAUCUUGUUCUUAUGUUUUUCUCUUUUUUGGACUUGUUUUCAGCAAUCAAAGAUAAUUUUCCCAUUACUCAUGUAAGAUGCUUCAGUUCUUCGCCCCCAUCCCCCAUAUCAAUAUCUCGACCUCUGUCGCUCACUCAGUCCAUCUCUUUUUUUCGCAUUUAAUUUGUAAGAUUGCGACGAUGCUAUCAUAUGACCCGUGUAGUUUUUUUCUACCCGCUUCCCGGGAACUACAUGUUUCACCAAUGCCGCCCCCAAAAGACUCCAGUCCCUGUUUAUGGUAUAACAAUGAAAUUCAGUUUUGAUAGAGGCAACAACAGCCUCCGGAAAGUUCUGUGUGCCAGUUCAAUUUGAAUUUUCGGUAGCAAAUGCUGACUCGACAGCAGAGCGGGAAAAUAGAAAAAUAAACGAAAAAACACCCAUAACAUUACCAUCUAGGGGUUCCUCAAUCUGGAAAAGUUGCCUACUAGGACACCUUGACGUUUGUGUAACCCUAACCUUAACCCAUUUUCCCAUCGCAUCCACCUGCCCGGAAUGCACUCGUUGUGGUUUUUAUUGAUGUUACUGGCUUUCGUUGGCUCUCGCCCAGGUGUUUCAGCUUUGCGUUGCUACCAAUGCGAGGACUGCGAUGAGAACACUCAGCUAAGUGACAUGGAAGUGUGUGAGGGGUCCCUUGUGAGUGGCAAUGGACAGGGCACCCCUGGAAGUUCCAGUCCCAGUCCAAGUCCUGCUCCUGCUCCAUCUCCUGCUGGUUCGCCCUCUCCCAAUCCUCCGGUUACUGGCGGAGGUCCUUCCUCUGGUGCCCCCGCUUCCCCUGAAAACAGCGAAGAGGAGGAGGACUACGAAAGCGAGGAGUCGGAAUCGGCCACCGUGGGCAUCAUGCCAGCAGGAAAUGGUGCAGCCGCGGGAACCGGAACCGGAAAUGGAGCUGCCGGAGGAGCAGCCGCAGAGCCUGUCAGCGAAGAGGAAGAGGAAGAGGAAGAGGAGGAGGAGGAGGAACGACGCAGGCGGAGAUCGGUUGGUCGACAAGUGGACCUCGAUAUACCAAUCGCCUUCUGCUACACAGUGAGGCUCCAACUUAACGAAUCGGUGAUCACCAAAAGGGGCUGCACUACCGCCAGGAUGAGUAAUCAAACUGGAGGAUGCGAUGGACUCUUCGAGAACUGGACUGUGGGUGGAUGCCAACUGUGCCAGGACGACGGAUGCAAUCAGCCCAUCAACGGACUAUCAUCGAGUAGUAAACUCGAGCAUUCUUGGACUCUUGUAACACUCACGCUAAUGGCAUUUAUGACUCAAUGGCUGGUCUAAAAAUCACAACAUUCCCUGUGGUCAAUUGUUUUGAUUUAUAGAAAUACAUAAUAUAUGGCCCACAAAGUUCGAUUUCGAUUUGGGUGUCUGAGUUCAUUCUUUUUCGGGAGACCCUGUCGAUUUACGAGCCGCAUGAUGUGUCUAUUAAUGGCUCGCUUACCACUAGGCAAUGAGCGCACCUGAGCUAUUUUCGCCUAAUUGUUUAAUUGGCAUCGAUAAGGUAUUGUCCCUUUGCGGGGAAAGUGCUCGCUCAUUGAGACCAUUCAUUUACCUGAAACCGUAUCGAAAUCAAAUUAAUUAGUAGCUGUCGAUAAGUAGAAUGGGUGCUUCUGUUUAAAUACGAUUUCAUGACUUCAUGCUACCCGUAAACUGAUAAAAUGAUAUACUGAUCAAGUGGACAAAGCGUUUAGGCCCACCGAUAAGCGUUAGGAAGUCGAGUGGCAAUUGCUGCCUAAAGCGUUUUUUACCAGAUUUAUGGUAUUAUUUUUCGGGGUUCGUAAUUGAGGUGGGUCCUAAAUACAGCGAUGAGGAAAUGCGACCGCAAACAAGGCAUCAUUUUAAGGAAACUUGCUCUAAACUGUAAAGGCAACUGCCAAAUUCGUUAGGCUGAUAUAGAAUGUAUUUGGAAUAUAUAUAUACGGUUUUUUAACUCCUCGAUUUGUGGGCUCGCAUUGGGGAUUUUUAAGCGCUUCCCCGUUUUAUUUUCGUCGGCUUCCGGGACGGUAAAGUACCUUGUUAUGACGAGCAUGACCAAAAGCCUUUCGAAACCCGGCUUUCGGCUGACGUUCGAAGAGAAUCCAGAGAGAAUCUCAAUGAGAUUGAGCUUAAGCACCAGAGAACGAGAAUCACAAUCACUUAGCACUUUACGUGAUGUCGUCGACACUUUGGAAGAUACUAUAUACCAUAUGCAACUUUUUCCCCUUUUUGUCACCGGGAAAGUUACAGUUUUUUAUCUCCAAUCCGCGCUUUUCAGACGAUGCGUCAGUUUUGACAGCCGCCACUAACCAGAUUCACUCGACAUUUGGCACGAACUACGGGUGGUAAAUGGUUAAUUAUGAUUUAUAUGCACAUGGGCUAGUCGCACGAUCUCCAAAAUGCAGCAGUAAAGUUUCAGGGCCGGGCAUUAUGGAAAAAUAGUUAGCCGAGUUAAGUGAAUUAUGUGAUUUAAUUGGUAAUA